ACCGAAACCGAUAAAUCCUUAAUGGGUCGGUUUCGGUCAGUUCCAAAGUCACACCGAAACCGGUGGAACCGGACCGAAACCGCACCAACCCGGACCGUUGACACCCCUACAUUGGCCAUAUGACUAUCGGUCUGACCUGGGCUAACACCACUAAGGAGAGGAGUGGAAUCCCACUCGAGAGAAUCUCCUCGAUUACUAGAUCUGAUCCUCUGAUUCAACCCAAUGAGAAUAUGUCAGCCAUUUGUCAAUAGUUAAUCAUAGGGUCAAAUAAAUCACUCUAUUGGGAUCCACCAUCUACUACUCCUCCUCGACCUCGACCACCAUGAGGAUGAGGAUGUAAAGAAAAAAGUUAUUUUCUUAAAAAAAAGAAAAAAAGAAAAAAAGGUUCUGCACAAGUAAUAAGAAAUUAAUAUCAGCCAACUACUGAAUAAGCGAAAUAAACCUCUCUCAAUCUAUUUCUUUGGUUUGUGAGUAUGUUUACCCAAAAAAAAAAAAAAUUUUUUUACGUGUGCGUGUGUAUAUGUGUGUUGUUGUGUGGACUGUAGAGUAUUGAUCUUGGCAAGCAGCUCAACUGCGGUGUAUCAAAAAGAAAGGGGGAGAGAUUGAAUAAAGUCCAACUGAGUUCGAUAGAAAAGCAUUUAUAAUGUUGGUUCUCCAGUGACCCCUGAUGAUCAUUCUGAAUACAUUGCAGUGGCGGAGAGAGAAAUGGAGUGCACUGUGGGGAGUUUUGGAAUUGGUUUUGGCUUUCGACUGUUCAAAACUCAUGCUUUUGUUCUAUUGUGAGUCUUGGGACUUGUGGGUUGCCGCUUUAGUAUGUGAGAUUUUUUAUUUUCAUAUUUUCUUCUCGGAAUUUCAAGACUACUGCAAAUUCACUUCCAUUAUUUCAUCUUAUAAUUUUUGUUUUUCCCUUUUGGAUACGAAGGGUGUCCCCACUCCCCACAUCUUUUGUAGUGAGAAUAGACCUUCCGGCCCCCCACUAGCUAGCUGUUUCGAUUCCGAAGAUGGUGAGAGCCAGAAGGAAGAAACAAAGGUGGUGGGGGAACAUUUUACUUGUUGAACAUUGGGCUUCAAUGAUCUCUAACAUAUCUUGAAUAUGUACUGAUGUUUUGCGUCCAGAGGAACUUGAGCUAAGCAACUCCUAACAAUCACUACUUCUCAAGGAAAACAAGAGGGUCUAUCAAUCUUGAGAAAGAGGUUUCAAGAUCAAAUCACGAUGGAUGAUGUGUGGGAAGCUUUUUGUGGGAAAUGUGAACAUUCAUAUGUUGGUCAAAAUCAUUUCAGUUCUGGUUUUAUGUUCUUCACCUGCCCUUCUUCAUGUGUCAAAAACUUUGCAGUCAUUUCCUUUGAUAGCUUGCUCCUGUUCGUGUUGUUAUUCAUCGUGAAACCAUCACUGGGAACACUAAGAAUUCCUGCCCGCCUCCAAGGCUUUUCACUUUCCCAUAUAUUUUCUGGCAUUUUCAAUGGUGGUUUGGGUGUGGUUUACUUCAGUUACAGGGUCUGGAUCCUGCGAGAGAACUAUCAAAAAUUUGAUACCAUUUUGCCUCUUCAUCAAUGGAUGGUACUGUUAAUUCAGGGCCUCACAUGGUUACUUCUCGGUUCAAUAGUUAUUCAUAGAGGAAGGCAACAUCCAAUAUCCUUUUUGAGGCUUUUGGGCUUUCUGGCCUGCUUGUUUGUAGGAAUCCUUCGUUUCCCAUCUCUGGUGAUGGUAACAGUAUGGAAAGAAGUAUCAAUUGCUGUUGUGCUAGAUAUUUUAUCUUUGCCAGGAUCGAUUCUAUUGCUAUAUUGCAUUUAUAAGGUACACAAAUGUGAAGAAACCAGAGAAACUACUAAUGGCUUUUCUCUCCAUACAACUUUUAUUUGUGAAGGGAAUAGAAGUGGUAAAACCGAUUCGGGCAGUAAUGUGACUCCUUAUGCCAAAGCUGGAUUUCUCAGUAGAAUAUCAUUUUGGUGGUUGAACCCCUUACUGGAGAAAGGAAAGGAAAAGAACCUUAGGGAGGAAGAUAUACCCCACUUGCGCAAGAAAGAUAGGGCGGAAUCCUGUUACUUGACUUUCAUGGAAAAAUUGAAUGGCCAAAAACGAACCAGGUCAUCUACCACACCAUCAAUUUUGUGGACAAUUAUUCUUUGUCAGUGGAAAGAUAUUUUAAUUUCUGGAUUCUUUGCACUGCUUAAUAUUGUCAUGCUAACUGCUGGUCCUCUGCUUCUCAAUGCUUUCAUUGAGGUAGCUGAAGGGAAAGGUGCUUUCAUAUAUGAGGGUUAUAUAUUGAUCAUAUUGCUAUUCCUUGCAAAAUGCUUAGAAUCACUAUCACAAAGGCAAUGGUACUUCCGAAGUGGAAUUAUAGGACUUCAAGUUAGAUCCAUGCUCUCAGCAGCUAUUUAUAGGAAGCAACUGAGACUCUCAAAUGCUGCUAAGAAGAUGCAUUCAACGAGUAAUAUAAUGAAUUAUGUCACUGUAGAUGCCUAUGGACUUGGUGAAUUUCCUUACUGGUUUCAUCAAACAUGGACAACAGGCCUGCAGCUCUGCCUUUCAUUAGCAAUUCUCUUCCAUUAUGUUGGACUACCAACAAUUGCGGCCUUGGUUGUGAUAACUCUCACCGUUCUCUGUAGUGUACCCUUAGCCAAACUACAGAACAGGUUCCGGGUUAAGCUCAUGCUAGCACAAGAUGAGAGGCUCAAGGCUACUUCAGAGGCUCUUGGGAACAUGAAGGUGUUGAAGCUAUAUGCAUGGGAGACCCAUUUCAAGAAUGUUACGGAAAGAUUGAGGACCGAGGAAUACAGAUGGUUGUCAGCGGUGCAGCUACAGAAAGCAUACAGCACAUUUCUCUUUUGGUCAUCCCCUGUAUUUGUCUCAACAGCUACAUUUGGGGCAUGCUACUUCCUUGGUGUUCCUUUUUAUGCUAGUAAUGUCUUCACCUUCUUAUCAACUUUAAGGCUUGUUCAGGAUCCUAUCAGAACAAUCCCUGAGGUCAUCAGCGUGGUAAUUCAAGCAAAGGUUUCAUUAACCCGAAUUGUGCGGUUUCUUGAGGCACCCGAGCUGCAAUGUGGAAACUCCAGGAAGAAUCACAACAUAGAGGGGCUCAAGCCAUCUAUAACUAUCAAGUCAGCUACUCUUUCAUGGGAAAAUAAUCCAUCAAAGGCCACACUGAGAAACAUAAAUCUAGAGGUUAAACCUGGUGAAAAAGUGGCUAUUUGUGGAGAGGUUGGUUCAGGAAAAUCAACUCUUUUUGCAGCCAUUCUUGGAGAGGUUCCAAGUAUUGGAGGAAAUAUUGAAGUUUAUGGGAAGAUCGCCUAUGUUUCUCAGAUGGCAUGGAUCCAGACAGGAACGAUCCAAGAAAAUAUUCUGUUUGGGACUGCCAUGGAUAAACAGAGAUAUCAAGAAGUGCUAGACUGCUGUUCAUUAGUACAGGACCUUGAGAUGCUACCCUUUGGUGAUUUCACUGAAAUUGGAGAAAGAGGAGUUAAUUUAAGUGGUAGUCAAAAGCAGAGGAUUCAACUGGCCCGAGCACUGUAUCAGGAUGCAGAUAUUUAUCUACUUGAUGAUCCAUUCAGUGCCAUUGAUGCACAUACUGCCACAAGCCUUUUUAAUUACGUAAUGGAAGCUCUAUCAGGGAAGGUGGUCCUACUUGUGACACAUCAAGUCGAUUUCCUUCCUGCAUUCAGUUCUGUUCUGUUAAUUGCAGAUGGGGAAAUAUUAUGUGCUGGUCCUUAUCAUCAAUUAUUGGUCUCUAGUCAAGAAUUUCAGAACCUCAUUAAUGCACACAAACAUACAGUUGGUCCAGAAAGGCUUGCGGAUGUUGCUUCUCCCCGUAGUCAAAAAAUUACUACAAAAGAGAGAAAGAAGCUUUACACUGUGAGACCAUUUGAAGCAAGAACCAGAGACCAGUUGAUCAAGCAAGAAGAGCGAGAAGUAGGAGAUACAGGUUUUAGACCCUAUAUGCAGUAUAUGAAUCAGGGCAAGGGCCUCUUAUAUUUCACGAUUGCAUGCCUCUGUCACUUGGCAUUUCUAGUUGGGUUGAUCUCUCAAAAUGCUUGGAUAGCUUCUAAUGUUCAGAAUCCUCUCAUUAGCAGAUUGAAAUUAAUUAUGGUGUACUUGAUUAUUGGUUUUGUCUCUAUAUUCUUUGUGCUUUUUAGAUCUCUUUUCAUAGUAGUUUUGUGUCUCCAAUCAUCAAGGUCCAUAUUCUCUCAGCUGUUGAACUCUCUUUUUCAUGCACCAAUGUCUUUUUACGACUCCACACCACUGGGCCGGAUACUGAGUCGAGUCUCUUCUGAUUUGAGUAUUGUAGACCUUGACAUCCCAUUUACUUCAAUUUUUGCCUUUGGGACUGCUAUGAAUUUCUGUGCCAGUUUAGGAGUAUUGGCUACUCUCACAUGGCAAGUCCUAUUUAUUGCCUUACCAAUGUUAUAUUUGAUACUACACUUGCAGAGGUACUACAUUGCUUCUGCAAAAGUGUUGAUGCGCAUUAAUGGCACAACUAAGUCAUUGGUAGCAAACAAUCUAGCAGAAUCCAUAGUAGGAGCCAUGAAGAUCCGGGCUUUUGAGGAUGAAGAAAGAUUUUUUUCUAAGAAUCUAAAUAUCAUAGACAUCAAUGCUAGUUCAUUUUUUCACAACUUCACCGCAGAUGAAUGGUUGGUCCAACGUUUGGAAAUGCUCAGUGCAAUUGUUCUUUUCUUCUCAACCCUUACCAUGAUUUUACUUCCAGAAGGAACUUUUAGCCCUGGGUUUAUUGGAAUGGCGUUGUCUUAUGGCCUUUCAUUGAACACACCAGCUGUUUACUGUAUUCAAAACCAGUGUACACUAGAAAAUUAUAUGGUUUCAGUAGAAAGACUAUUUCAGUACAUAUAUAUACCCAGAGAAGCUCUUGGAAUCAUAAAAGAGAAUCGCCCCCCACCAAGUUGGCCUGUUGUAGGUAAAGUGGAGAUCUGUGAUUUGAAGAUCAGAUAUCGGCCUGAGACUCCACUUGUUCUUUGUGGGAUCAGUUGCACAUUUGAAGGAGGACACAAUAUUGGCAUUGUUGGCCGAACUGGUAGUGGGAAGACGACUCUAAUCAGUGCCUUGUUUCGUCUUGUAGAGCCUACUGACGGAAAAAUUAUUGUUGAUGGUCUUGAUAUCUCCAAGAUUGGGCUCCAUGAUCUGAGGUCAUGCAUUGGGAUCAUACCUCAAGAUCCUACUCUGUUUAACGGGACUCUAAAAUACAAUUUGGAUCCCUUAUCACAACAUACUGACCAGGAAAUAUGGGAGGUAGUUGAAAAAUGCCAGCUUAGAGAGCUUGUAAAGGAGAAAGAAGAUGGCCUGGAUUCUUUAGUAUUAGAAGAUGGAUCAAAUUUGAGCAUGGGACAGAGACAAUUAAUUUGUUUGGGGCGUGCUCUAUUAAAGAAGAGUCGAAUAUUGGUCCUUGAUGAAGCCACUGCAUCGAUAGACAAUUCAACAGACUCUAUUAUCCAGAAAACCAUAAGGACUGAAUUUGCAGGUUGCACUGUGAUCACAGUGGCUCACAGAAUUCCUACUGUGAUGGACUGCACAAUGGUUCUCUCCAUCAGUGAUGGAAAAUUAGUGGAAUAUGAUGAGCCAAUGAGGUUGAUGAAAAGAGAGGGAUCACUUUUUGGGAAGCUUGUUAAGGAAUAUUGGUCUCACUUCCAAUGUUGAGAAAAAAAAUUAAGGUAACUGAAAAUGGGCGAAUCGGGUUGUAAAAAUGCAAAGCAAUGAUGACUCUGCUGGAAUGGAGGAAUAUAAAUAAGGGGAAGGUCCCAAAAUGGUGAGGCAUAGAGGGAUUCCAUUUUGGACUGAAACUUGACCUACCGAGUUGGGAGUUGGGGAGCCCUGGCCUUAAGAAUGGAUUUGACUUCAAAACCUGAAAGAUGGGCAAUCAUUAUUGGGAGCAGCCCAUACGUAGGCAUGCAUGCAUGAUUUAGAACAAAUUGGGCAAGUUGCAUGCAUACCUGCAACUCCAACGUACAUGACUUGUUAAUUAUCAAGCCACUUAAUUAUUGUUUUUUUUUUAAUUUUUAUUUCUGAAGUUUCUCAAUCAGCAAGGAUUAAGGAAAGAAGCUUUGAAGACUAAUUAAAAAUAUUAGUACAUAAAAGUAGUAGAACCACUGAGCUUAAUUCGAUCGGCAGUAACUUGUAAUGGCCUGGCCGGCGUACAAUUUACUUUUAAUACCACCUGAUGGAUCGAUGGA